CUCCGUUGUCAUCUCCUCCAAUCCUUCACCGUGCAAUUUUCAGGCCAUUUGGGGCCUUCAUAUGGGGCCCUUUGUCUCCUCCCUACCUCCUAGCGCGGCGCCACGCUUAUAACUAAAAAUCCAUCGCGUCGCCCUCUCCAUCUCCUCUAAGAAAUGAAGUCGUAUAGUCUUCAGCGUAGGGCUCCACCGGCGGAAGACGGCGCGCCAGUGCUCCGGCGGAGCGCGAGCGCGAAGCAGGCGUCCUCCCCGUCGCCGCUCAGCGUCUCCUCCUCCUCCUCCCAGUACCAGUCGGCGCGCGCCUCGACGUCCACGGCCAACGCGCCUGCCUUCGCGCGCCACAAGGCGCCGUCCAUCAACUGCAUGGCGGCCACCUCCACCGACACGCCGCCGGCCACCCCCAGGGGCACCAAGCAGCAGAAGCCCAAGUCGGCGUCGUACUCGUCGAUGUUCUCCCCGAGGAAGCUCAUGCAGCGGGCCUCCCGCGCCUUCCGCGGCAGGUCGUCCCGGCACAAGAGGAACUUGGCGGCGGACGUCGGCGAAGUGGACAGCCCCAGGUCGGUCGCCAGCAAGGGGUCUGACGCUGAAAGCAGCGUCUUUUCCUUGGACGAUCAGAUCACCGACGACGUCGUCGACGCCGGAGCCGCCUCCAAGCAGGAGGAGAUCGUGCCGGAGAAGAUCAUACACGAGGCGAACCCGCGGUCGCCCGUGAUCAAUCAGCUGGCGCCCGUGGCGGAGGAACAGGAAGAGGCGCGCAAUAACUCGCCGAAGAAGGAGGAAGCCGCCGCAGAGAUGGAGAAGGAGGAGGAGGAGCCCAAGAAGGAGGAGGUGCCCAAGGAGGAGGAGGAGGUGCCCAAGAAGGAAGCUCCUCCUGCUCCGGAUGACACCGUCGCCGAAGUGGACAAAAUCGCGGCUGCCAAGAAGCAGCAGCGCGAGGAUGACAUCAAGGCGGAGGUGGUGUGGAGGUUCCAGGGCUGCCGGGUGAGGACGUCGACGGGGAAGCGGUCGUUCGACGCUGACACGCCGCGGCGGCGGGAGUCGGCACGCAGCAACGAGGCGGUCGAGGAGGCGCGGAUCAAGCUGCUGGAGCUGCGGCAGGUGAACAAGGUGAAGGCUCUCGUCGGCGCCUUCGAGACCGUCAUGGACGACAACGAAAGCCCCGUCGCCGCCCGCAAGUCGCGGCUGAACCCCCACGCCUGAACUACAUUCAACGAGCACGAAGCUCGAUCGCGUGCGCUUCCUUUAUCCCUGCUACUCUUUAAUCACCCAUCAACCCAAUUUGUCGUCGUCGCCCACUUAUCUAUAAUUACGGUACCGCUUAUAUUUUGCAAGGAGGAAGAUGAUGGAGGGGUUAUUAUGAUGUAAUAAUAAUAAUGAUCAAGGAGGAAGAUGGUGUAUUAUACUUUAAUACUAUCAUCAACACGAUCAAUGGUUUCUCCUACUA